GGGAAGUGUGAUCGGAAAGGGGCGGAGCAUCAGGAGAGUCUCGCGGAUAUAAGCGGUUCGGAGCGGAAAGCGGGAGGUGGAGGGGCGGCUUGGGACAAGCGCGCGUGCGCAGUGCAGACGCCAGCCCUCCGCGGCUGAGGUACUCAAGGUGCCCGAAGGCGGGGUAGUGAGCUCGCGCGUGCGCUGUGCCCGCGGCAGCGACGGGUCUUAGUGUGUGGGUUGUUCUUGGCCUCGCGCGGCGCGUGCGCAGUGUGGACGGCGGAGGGAUUUGCGGCCGGGACCCACCCCCUGCUCCAGUCGCUAGCCGAGGCCGCGCGGGUGGCUGAGCAGCGGCCUGGUUCGCUCGCUUAGCGGGCGACGGAAUCAGACGGACGCGGACGCCCCCGGAGUGGAAGCCGAAGCAGGAGUUGUUGUUGCUGAGGGGCCGCCGCAGCCGCCGCGAGCCUCCGGACAGACGACAGAGCGAGGAGGGCGCCGCGCGGCGAACUUGGCAAGAUGACCCAGUUCCUGCCGCCCAACCUUCUGGCCCUCUUUGCCCCCCGUGACCCUAUUCCAUACCUGCCACCCCUGGAGAAACUGCCACAUGAAAAACACCACAAUCAACCUUAUUGUGGCAUUGCGCCGUACAUUCGAGAGUUUGAGGACCCUAGAGAUGCCCCCCCUCCAACUCGUGCAGAAACCCGAGAGGAGCGCAUGGAGAGGAAAAGACGGGAAAAGAUUGAGCGGCGACAGCAAGAAGUGGAGACGGAGCUUAAAAUGUGGGACCCUCACAAUGAUCCCAAUGCUCAGGGGGAUGCCUUCAAGACUCUCUUCGUGGCGAGAGUGAACUAUGACACAACAGAAUCCAAGCUCCGGAGAGAGUUUGAGGUGUACGGACCUAUCAAAAGAAUACACAUGGUCUACAGUAAGCGGUCAGGAAAGCCCCGUGGCUAUGCCUUCAUCGAGUACGAACACGAGCGAGACAUGCACUCCGCUUACAAACACGCAGACGGCAAGAAGAUUGAUGGCAGGAGGGUCCUUGUGGACGUGGAGAGGGGCCGAACCGUGAAGGGCUGGAGGCCCCGGCGGCUAGGAGGAGGCCUCGGUGGUACCAGAAGAGGAGGGGCUGAUGUGAACAUCCGACAUUCAGGCCGCGAUGACACCUCCCGCUACGAUGAGAGGCCCGGCCCCUCCCCGCUUCCGCACAGGGACCGGGACCGGGACCGUGAGCGGGAGCGCAGAGAGCGGAGCCGGGAGCGAGACAAGGAGCGAGAACGGCGACGCUCCCGCUCUCGGGACCGGCGGAGGCGCUCACGGAGUCGCGACAAGGAGGAGCGGAGGCGCUCCAGGGAGCGGAGCAAGGACAAGGACCGGGACCGGAAGCGGCGAAGCAGCCGGAGUCGGGAGCGGGCCCGGCGGGAGCGGGAGCGCAAGGAGGAGCUGCGGGGCGGCGGUGGCGACAUGGCGGAGCCCUCUGAGGCGGGUGACGCGCCCCCUGAUGAUGGGCCUCCAGGGGAGCUCGGGCCUGACGGCCCUGACGGUCCAGAGGAAAAGGGCCGAGAUCGUGACCGGGAGCGACGGCGGAGCCACCGGAGUGAGCGCGAGCGGCGUCGGGACCGGGAUCGUGACCGUGACCGUGACCGCGAGCACAAACGGGGGGAGCGGGGCAGUGAGCGGGGCAGGGAUGAGGCCCGAGGUGGGGGCGGUGGCCAGGACAACGGGCUGGAGGGUCUGGGCAACGACAGCCGAGACAUGUACAUGGAGUCUGAGGGUGGCGAUGGCUACCUGGCUCCGGAGAAUGGGUAUUUGAUGGAGGCUGCGCCGGAGUGAAGAGGCCCUCUCCAUCCGCUGUGUUUGGACGCGUUCCUGCCCAGCCCCUUGCUGUCAUGCCCUCCCCCACCCUUGGCCACCUGAGUUUGUCCUCCAAGGGUAGGUGUCUCAUUUGUUCUGGCCCCUUGGAUUUAAAAAUAAAAUUAAUUUCCUGUUGA